UUCUACGGAUGCCUCGAGGAGGACGCGUGCACAUCCUCUUAGCACCGCGAGAGGCGCCGGUGUCUGAAGUCGUGCCACCGGUAUCUGCAAGGUUGCUGCUCCACGCUCGUCCUUUUUUCUUUGGUUCCUGUUCCCUUAUUCUCCCCACACCUUGGAGUAGCAGGAACUUCUCACUGAGGACUAGCUGGAUUGAAAAUGGAGAACCAAGAACCAACAGAUGCUUCUCGGAAUACCAAACAGACUAUUAUUUCAGAGGAGUUAAUUUCAGAAGGAAAAUGGGUCAAGCUUGAAAAAACAACUUACAUGGAUCCUACUGGUAAAACUAGAACUUGGGAAACAGUGAAACGUACAACCAGGAAAGGACAGUCUGCUGAUGGUGUAGCAGUCAUCCCAGUGCUCCAGAGAACUCUUCAUUAUGAAUGUAUUGUUCUGGUUAAACAGUUCCGACCACCAAUGGGCGGCUACUGCCUGGAGUUCCCAGCAGGUCUCAUAGAUGACAAUGAAAGCCCAGAAGCUGCUGCUCUUCGGGAACUGGAGGAAGAAACUGGCUAUAAGGGCGACGUUGCUGAAUGUUCUCCAGUUGUAUGUAUGGAUCCUGGUUUGUCAAACUGUACCACACACAUCGUGACAGUAACCAUCAAUGGAGAUGAUGCAGAAAAUGUAAGACCUAAGCCAAAGCCAGGGGAUGGAGAAUUUGUGGAAGUAAUUUCUUUACCAAAGAACGACCUGCUGAAUAGACUUGAUGCUGGCAUGGAAUUUUAGAAUAUAAUCAAAACAUUCUAUAUUCAAGUGAAAGCCUUUAGUAGGGGUCUUUUUUCCCCAACAAAAUUGUUUAAGAUUAUAUUCCUGUUCAAAACUAGCCAAAACUAUUCUGUACUCUCAAUCUUUAUUCCAUAGCAGUGAUAAGGCAUAAAUUAGAUAUGGCUUAACUUUCCCUCAACUAUGUUUUGGAUGGUUCUUUAUGCAAGAUGUAAGUUAAAGGAGAAUUUAACAAUAUUUCUUCAACAAAUAUUUGUAGUAUCUUCUGUAUGCCAUGAUAAACUGAUAUAAUGAACCAAA